CUUGCAAAUUUGAUAAGUCUGCUGUGCAAAACAUGGGAAAACCUCUAGCCUUUGUUUUCCUUUUCUCACUGCAUUGCUUCAUGUCCUGCUUAGCUUGGACUCAAACAAACAUCACCACCGACAGAUCUGCACUUCUUUCCCUUAAAUCCCAUAUCACUUCAGAUCCAUACGAUUUCUUCACUAAUUGGUCUGUCUCUUCUUCUCCUUGCAGUUGGGUUGGUGUCACCUGCAAUACUCGUCAUGGAAGGGUUCAUUCCUUGAAUCUUGGUGGCAUGGAUCUUAAGGGUAGCAUAACUCCACAACUAGGAAAUCUCUCAUUUCUAGCUUACCUUGAUCUCAGUAAAAACAACUUUCAUGGUCAAAUUCCUCAAGACUUAGUUCGAUUACGUCGAUUGAGACUAUUCAACUUGAGCUAUAAUGACUUUCACGGACAAGUUCCAACAUGGAUAGGAGAUUUAUCUAUGCUUGAGCACUUGAUUUUUCAAAAUAAUAGUUUCAAUGGAUUUAUUCCAUUAUCUCUGUUCAAUCUAUCAAGGUUGGAGACUUUGGAUUGGAACUCUAAUAUUAUUGGAGGUACCAUUCCACCUGAAAUAGGAAGUCUAAAGCACUUGAAGAAUUUACAACUUUCAAGGAACAAACUUUCAGGAGCAAUUCCCCAAACAAUUUCCAACUUAUCUUCACUUGAAUUGCUAUGGUUGUCUUAUAAUAGUUUGUCAGGACCCAUUCCAAAUGAGAUUGGUGAUCUUCGACAGCUUCAUGCAAUAUAUCUUGGAAGGAAUCAGUUUUCAGGCACUAUACCAACCUCCAUAUUUAAUAGUUCAGUGCGACAAUACAUUGACCUUGACAGAAAUAAUUUAUCUGGGAGUCUACCAACAAAUUUGUGUUCUGGGCUUCCAAAACUUGAACUAUUAUAUCUCCAUCACAAUGAUUUGUCUGGAGAAAUACCCUCCAUUUGGCAUCAAUGCAAGGAAUUAGUAGACUUAGAAAUUGGGGAUAACAAAUUCAACAGAGGAAACAUUCCAACCGACAUUGGAAAUUUGACCAAACUUGAGUGGCUAUAUCUUAGCAAAAGCAACUUGCAAGGAAUUAUUCCAAUUGAGAUUGGAGGUUUGACAAACCUCCAAAUCCUUGAUCAUGAUGCUGAUAAGGAUGUUAAAAAGGAUUAG